UAACUAACAAAAAACAUUGAAUUAUAGAUAAGACACAUAUCCACAGGGCACAACGUUCGACAGCUCACAUCCAUAACUACAGUUUAAAAUAAUUUCAAGCACCCUAUAAGAACAGUAAACAGGAACAGCUGUGCACCUUCUAAAAUAUUAUAACGUGUUACAGCAAACAAAUAAUUGAUAAAUUUAUUUUACAAAAGUUUACCUAUAUAUAAAACUGAAAUGCUCUCCAAUUUGAUUAUCACUAAUCAACGAGUCGUACUCAUAAUUGAUAAAUUGGGCCAAGAAAAAAUUUCAUACAAAUUCAUCACUCAAUUAUUAAAAGAGCAAGGACAGGACGACACAACUAUCAAAACGUUUAGUUUAUUCAAAAAACGUAAAGAAGAUGAGACACUUAAUGCUUUAAUAAACGAGUGCCAAAAUAAUAACAACACGAAGUAUAAUAUAAUAUUGCCGCCACUGUCGACUUUACUCUGUUACCUGCGGCCCGCAAUUGUCUUUCAAUUUAUGCACAAAUUGCGGACCUGUAAAUAUGUUAGACGCGUAUUCUUAUGGGCUUCAAUACCUUGUUUGCCCAAUGCGCGGUAUAUCCUUUCUGCUUGCGAGUACAUGGCUGAUAUGGUUUUGAGCAUUGAAAGCGACGACAUGCUGACUAUUAUUGUUCGCAAACCUGGAGGCGGUGUUACCCGCAAUCAUUAUAAAUACAAGUUGUCAGUAGAUAAGUUCUUAGUUGAAGCCACUCAAACUACUAAGAGAAAGCCAGAUAAAGCUAUAACUACACCAUCUGAAAAUCUUGGUACUUUUAAAAUCGAGUUAGAUGAAGAAGAAUUGGUUGCACGAAAUUCUAUUAAAAUGCCUUAUGAAAAAACUGUCGCAGACACAGCAAAUAUCAUUUACACGCCUGACUCUGGCGAUGAUUUCGAUGAAGAAGAUCCAGACGAAGACUUGUCAGUAUAAUAAUUUUUCCUUAAUUGCAAAGCGAACCAUAAACUUGAAUACCUGAAAAGACUUUAAAUAUAUUUUAUAAGAAAUAAUAAAACUAAGCGUAUCUUUGUUUAAUAUAAGCUUAGCAAAAACAUUUUAACAGCUUAGCUUAUUAUACCAGUAUUUGCACCUAAUUUAAAU